AUGGAGCGCGCGGCGGAGGCGACACUCGUUGGGGAUGCGUUUCCUCACUUCAACUUCGCCGCCGACGCAGCGGCGUCUACAGCACUGAGACGAGCCACAGAUGCGUUUUCGAUGGAAAAGACGGACGAGGUUGUGAGACUUGUUCGACAACUACUAGAGAAGCUGCUGCAGGCAGAGCCGUCGGCUGCGGCUGCGUGGACACAAGUAUACGUGUUUGGCUCGAGCGGUCUUGGUGCCGCUAUCACGGGUAGUGAUAUUGAUUUAAUUGCAUUGUGCUCCGCCUCUGUGAACACGAGUCUGUUUUUUCAGAAGUUCCCGCGCUCGGCUGAGGGGCGCCUGCAGGACGUCGUCGUGGUCACUUCGGCCCGCGUCCCUCUGAUCAAGUUUUCGUACAAUGGGGUUCAUGUCGAUCUCCUGUUUGCCUCCGUUGAUAUGCGGACGGCGCCUGACACGAAUGAGUUACUGCGCGACGACUUUCUUUCCCUGGUGUCGCUUCCCUGUCGGGCGACCGUGAACGGGAUCCGCACGAUUCUGGAGAUUCGUCGCCGCCUUCCCCUUCCACUUGACGCGUACGCCUGCGUGCUGCGUGCUGUUAAGUACUGGGCGGCGCGGCGGCAGGUGUAUGGGAACCUCUACACCUUCCCCAACGGCGUGUGUCUUGCCAUUAUGGUGGCCCGUGCCUGCCAGCUUUGCCCCGUCGCGGACAGUAGCGUGAUUUUGCGCUUCUUCUUCUCCCUGUACGUGUGGUGGCUCCAGCGUGGCACGCGCAUCGAUCCUGUUUCUAUUGUGCCCACGGAUGAGAACGUGGCCAUCGCGCGAGUACCGGGGAUGCCGCCGCCGUGGGAUGCUGUCUGGGACGCGGCGGACCUGUUCCCAGUGCUGAACCCGGCACGGCCCACCGUCAACGCCGCCCACGCGGUGGGCCGCAGUGGCCUGCAGCUCUUUUUGAAGGAACUCCUCCGCGCUGAGCAGUUGUGUUCCCUAGUCCCGAUGCCGUACUCGGCACUAUGGGAGCCAUACAACGUACUCGAUGAGCACCGCUUCUUUGUUGGCGUGCACAUCUCGAGCGAGCACCAGUCACUUGCAGCGUGCGAGGACACUAUCAAUGCAUGGAAGGGGUACGUAGAAAGCAAGUUACGUAUGUUUGUGUACGCGCUGGAGUGCGUGGCCGAGGUGCGGCCGUUCCCAUGCCCGGUUGUCGAUGAGCCGCCCCGAGCAGUGACUCGGAGAGGGGUGACGGUGCACUGCCGCUCUCGCGCAUUCUUCUUCGGCGUGCGCAACGGUAACAAGGAUGUGGCUCACAGCGAUGUGGAGUCCGCAUUCAGAGAGUUUGAGUUUGCAGUGACCGAGGGCACAACGGGAAAGAAUCCGUUUGUGUGGAACAGGUCAGCCAUGCUGGGGCCACGGCUGUCCUUCUUCUCCAUCUACGAUCCGCUGACAGCCGACUCACCGUGCCAGGCACUUUACAGCGCCUGCGCCGAGAUGAUGGGGUCGUCGGUGUGA